AUGAAGAGAGAAAUUGCUCAGUAUGUUGCCCAAUGUUUGAUAUGUCAACAAGUGAAAGUCGAACAUCAGAGACCUGCAGAUAAUUUACAACCUCUUCCUAUUCCCGCGUGGAAGUGGCAACAUAUUACCAUGGAUCUUGUGACAGGAUUGACAAGGACCCAAGGUGGUAACAAUGCUAUUUGGGUUAUCGUUGAUCGAUUGACCAAAUCCGAUCACCUUCUAGCUUUUAAAGUGGGUUUCUCCUUAGAAAGGUUUGCAAAAUUGUAUAUCAAGGAGAUUGUGAGGUUGCAUGGCAUUCCGGUGACCAUAGUGUCUGAUAGAGAUAGUAGAUUUGUAUACAACUUUGGAUCACCUAUUUGUUGGGAUGAUGUGGGUGAAAGGAAGUUGUUAGGGCCUGAGAUUGUGCAACAAACAGUGGACAAGAUCAAUCUUAUUAGAGAGCGACUUUGCACAGCACAGAGUAAAGAGAAAAGUUAUGUAGAUAACAGGAGACGCGAUUUAGUGUUUGGGGUUGCAGACCAUGUGUUCCUUAAUGUGUCUCCUAUGAAAGGAGUAAUGAGGUUUGGUGUUCGUGGUAUAUUGAGUCCUAGAUUUGGUGGGCCAUUUGAGGUUUUAGAUCGAAUUGGAGAGGUAGCUUACAGACUUGCGCUACCACCUUCUCUAGUUGGUGUUCAUAAUGUCUUUCAUGUAUCGAUAUUGAGGAAGUAUGUACCGAAUCCUAGUCAUGUGAUUGAUCAUGCACCAUUGCAGUUUAAGGAGGAUUUGACCUAUGACGAACACCCUAUACGAAUUAUUGAUACGAAAGAAGAGACAUCGGGUCAUUCACUAUGUUAA